GAAACUGUUUGCUUUUAGCAGACAACCAGCUGGAACAUCAGAAUGCUCAAAAUAUUCUAUGUAUCGUGUCUCGUGUUGCCAUUCGUAUUGGGAGUACCCAUUAAGGAAGAGGAAAAUGUGCCGAGCUCCAAUCUUGAUACAAAAUUUAUAUUUCCAGAUCCUGCUGAGUUAGCGAGAAGGAAAGGCUACAACGCUGAAACUCAUCAAGUCACCACAGAAGAUGGCUACAUACUGCAGAUGCAUAGAGUCACCGGUCGCCAAAAUAGCUCUAAACCUAAGCCGGCUGUGUUACUUUUGCACGGACUGUUCGAUUGCGCAGCUACAUGGGUAAUCUCGGAUCCUACAAGGAGUUUAGCUUUCUUGCUGUCGGAUCGGGGAUACGAUGUGUGGUUGGGCAAUGUUCGUGGCAGCAGAUACAGCCGGAAACAUAGAGUGAUGAACACUACGAACGGCAAAUUCUGGAAAUUCAGCUGGCACGAGAUAGGGACGUACGACGUUCCAGCCAUGAUCGAUUACAUUAUAGAGAAAACGAAGCAGGAGAAGAUUUACUACAUAGGGCACAGCCAGGGUGGUACCUCGUUCUUCGUGAUGGCCAGCGAACGACCAGAAUAUCAGAAGAAAAUAAUCGCCUCCUUCAAUUUGGCACCGGCAGUCUUUAUGGGAAACUCGAGGAACGCUUUCUUACGUCUUUUGGCUCCGUUUGCUUCGGAUCUAAAGGCACUGGGAGAUCUGAUAGGUCUAUACGAGUUUAUGCCAUCGCAGACGCUUCUGAAGAUUCUUGCAACAAAGGGAUGCCAGGAGAAUGCACCUUUAAUGCCCAUGUGUAAAAAUAUUAUGUUCCUUGCGGCUGGAGUUGACAAAGAACUAAAUACGACACUGGUACCUCAAGUUGUGCGAUACGAUCCUGCCGGUGCAUCGGUGAUGCAACUUGUGCAUUAUGGACAGUUAAUGAACUCAGGGAAGUUUCAACGGUUCGACCAUGGUCUUAUCACUAACUUACAGACUUAUAAACAGAUUCAGCCUCCUCAAUACAACCUGAAUAAUAUCACUGUACCAGUAUAUAUACUUUACAGUACCAAUGACGCUUUGGUUGAUUACAAGGACUCGAUCAGAUUAUCAGAAGUAGUACCUAGUGCGGAGAAAUUAUUGAUACCAAACAAGGAUUAUGCACAUCUUGAUUUCGUUUGGGGCAACAACGUUGACUCUUUGGUGUAUAAUAAGAUUUUCAGCCUGCUGAAACAGUAUAAGAGUUAAUUAAUAAAAGUAUUCGACCACUGCUUUUUACUCGACCAAACGUUCCUAUAUAUAAUAUGCUAAAUGUACAUCUUCUAUUCUGGAGGAUUGUUCAAUCUGUAAAUGUAUUAUUCGAAAUAAAUUGUAUGUUCUAUUUUUA